CUCCCGUUUUAGCUUUGCUAGGCGGAGGGGGCGGGAAAGAAACCCUGCAAAGCGAUUGCGCUCCCCGCUUCUCCUUUUUCUCCAUCGCUUUCCUUUCUCCCCUCGACUUGCCGCCUCCGGGGGGUUAUUGCAAGGAUACCGGAGCAGGAGCAGCAGCGCAUCCUCGCCUGGGAAGGGAGCGUGGGAAAGGACGCCCAAGGGCAAGGAGGGACCCGAUCUCGGAUGCGGAGCCCGGGGGUCUGUGCGUGGUCCCAGCCACCGGCUCGCCCCGGCUCUGCCUCACCUUCUCGGGAGAGCGAUCCUUUGGGGACCCAGGAGCCGGCGCCCCGCCCGGCUGGCUGCGAUGGAGCUGCGCCUCACCCCGCCUUACCUGAAGGUAAGAGUCACCUUGAGGGCGCCGCACUCUUCCCCUCCACCCGCAUCGCCCUCCUCUGGCCGGUAUGGUUGCUUCCCGGGCCUGCGGAGAGUUCAGACGUGACGCCGUUCCUAACCCAGGGAGACGCUUGGAGGCGUGUGCCGGGUCUCCCUGGACGGGGCCGGUGGAUGCCAGGACUCCAGGAGCCAUCGAAAACGGGAAGAAGAGCGCAGGGAUUAAAUGAUAAUAAUAAUAAUAAUAAUAAUAAUAAUUAAUAAUAAUUUAUACCCUGCCCAUCAGGGUAUCCCCAGCCACUCUGGGCGGCUUCCAACAAAACACUAAAAUACAAUAACCUAUUAAACAUUAAAAGCUUCCCUAAACAGGGCUGCCUUCAGAUGUCUUCUAAAAGUCUGGUAGUUGUUUUUUUGUUUGACAUCUGGUGGGAGGGCGUUCCAUAGGGCGGGCGCCACUACUGAGAAGGCCCUCUGCCUGGUUCCCUGUAACUUGGCUUCUCGCAGCGAGGAAACCGCCAGAAGGCCCUCGGCACCGGACCUCCGUGUCCGGGCAGAACGAUGGAGAUGGAGAUGCUCCUUCAGGUAUACUGGACCGAGGCCGUUUCGGGCUUUAAAGGUCAGCACCAACACUUCUGAGUAAACACAGGAUGCUGCCUUAUUCUGAGCCACGUCUACGGGUCCAGCCAGCUCAGUGCUGUCUGCACUGACUGGCAGCAGCAGCCGCUGUCCAGGGAUCCAGGCAGGCAGCCUUUCCACCCCCAGCCUUAGCUGGAGAUGCUGCCAAGGAAUUUGAACCCGGGAUCUCCUGCAUGCAAGGCAGAUGCUCUUCCAUCCAGCUGUGUGGCCUUUCCCCCUUUUGCUACCAGAACUAGAGAAUCUGUGAUUCCUGACUCCUAAUUAGUUUGGGUCUGUGCAAAUUGGGCUCCAGGUAUUAAUCUGUGUGCAGUUCACCCAGGGGUUUUUGCCUUGUGAUGUUGAUAUCAGUUGAGAAGCCAGGCAAAAGGUCAGCCUAUGGAGGAAGGACAAUAUACAAAAUUUAAUUAAUAAUAAUAAUAAUAAUAUGUGUCAGUUGUUUCUUUUUUCACCCAGGUCCCCACCUGUUUAGGGUUUAAACCAGGGGAGGCAACCUAAGGCUCAGGGGCCGGAUGCGGCCCAAUCGCCUUCUAAAUCCGGCCCACGGACGGUCCAGGAAUCAGUGUGUUUUUACAUGAGUAGAAUGUGUCCUUUUAUUUAAAAUGCAUCUCUGGGUUAUUUGUGGGGCAUAGGAAUUUGUUCACCCCCCCCAACAUAUAGUUCGGCCCCCCGCCCAUGGUCUGAGGGACGGUGGACCGGCCCCCUGCUGAAAAAGGUUGUUGGUUUAAACCAACCUUCCUAAACCUAUUUUAGAAUCAUAGAAUAGAAUCAUAGAGUUGGAAGAGACCACAAGGGCCAUCGAGUCCAACCCCCUGCCAAGCAGGAAACUUUUAUUUCCAGCUGUUUUAUUUCCAGGUUUCUUGGGGUUUGUGGGUGGUUUAAAUGUGCCUUAAAUGCAUGGUGAGUACAGAGCCUUAGACUACAAUUCCCAUGAGGCCCCAGCAAACACCGCUGCUUUGAAGCGGCAUGUAUCACCAGCUUAUGGCAUUUCCACCCCAUAUAUUAAAGUACUGUACAUUCAACACACGCUUAAAGCCCGUGACUCCCACCAAAGAAUCCCGGGGAGUUGUAGUUUGUUCUGGGUGCUGGGAAUUAAAGUUCUGGAGGGGGGGACUACCAUUCCCAGGAUGCCUUGGGUGAAAGCCAUGUGCUUUAAAUGUAUAUUGAAUAUAAUUUUGGUAGUUUCACAGCCCUCAGAAGUUUGGUGGGGGUGGCAGGCCAGGACGGGGCUUUCUCAGUGGCAGCCCCUAAAUUGUGGAACUCCCCACAGAGGUGCAUCUGACAGCUUCAUUACAUGGCUCUCAGAGAGUGCUGAAGACACACCUCUUCACCCCAACCUUUGACACCUGAAAUAUGUGUGUUUGCAAGGCCUACCCUAUUCCCGUGACAGCAAUCUGCAUUUUUUUAUUCUUUAUUUUAUUUUAUUUUAUUAACAUUUAAAACACAUACAUUUACAUUUACACAAUACAUAUACACAACACACUACCUUAUUUUCAUAGCGUAAAACUCUAUAUAAUACCUAAUAAUACCUACCUAUACUAUACAUAUCAACAUACCAACACACCUACAACAUACCUACCCCACACGGACACCCACCAAGUGACUUGACUUCCAGCUGUUCUUGUUACGCUACUUUAUUUUAGCAAUUAGCUUAAAUGCAUUUCGUUAUUUCUUUAAUCUCUUCUUCUAUCUUAACUUUACUCUCCUUUCGCUCUAAUCAUUUUCUGGAUUCACUCAAUAUCCGUCAAAAGUUCUACUUUUUCCACAUAGAUUUUGAUGUAUUCCUUAAAGACAGCCCACUCCUUAUUCACUUUUUGUACCAUAUCUCCUCUUUUUUAUUCUUAAUUUUAAAUCGUCGUAACUCACCCUGGAGCUCCUGCCAAACGGCGAGUAAUAAAUUUAUGAAUAGUACCGAUCAAGAAAGCAAUGAAUGCGUGCUUUAAGCGGCUGUGGCUUCCAUCACCAUUUUGAAAGCACUUUUGGACACAUAUUGAAAGCACAUAGUUUCCCCUUCCAAGAAUCAUGGGAACUGUAGUUUGUUCUGGGUGCUGGGAAUUGUAGUUCGGCAGGAACAACCGUUUCCAGGAUCCUUGAGUGGGGUGGAAGCCAUGUGUUUUAAAGGCACAGCGUGGCACAGUCUCUCUCUCUCUCUCUUUCUCUUUUGGAUUGCUAUGUUUCCAUGGCGACUGGGUUUUUUGUUUAGGAUGCUCUCCUGACUGCUCUUUCUUUCCGCUGCUGCUGCAGCCGGUCUGUAUGAUCUUUUUCCUCCCACAGGGACAAACCGCAGAUGAGUCGGCCUGGGCGGGCCCACAAACCGCUUGGGCUGCCUGGCCUUGAUCACUUUAAGGAGGCAGACACAUGACCCAUUGUUGUUGUUGCUGCCGCAGUCCCAGGAUACGAGAGGGAGGAGCUUCGCUGCCAACCUCCCAGCCAGCCCAUCACACUUUCCACUGCCUUCCUCCUCUCCGCCCGGCAUCCUUACACAAGGCUAGCCGGCAGCAGAAGUGGCUCAGCCUCUCCUGAAGUGGGACAGCAUCUCUCUCUGUAGGCGGCAGGCCAGCCCAAAGACUCCAGGGAUCUCAUCUGUUGUGUGUCGUCCUACAGAAUGAGGCUUGCCGAGUGUCUAGAAGCCGCUGGAUUCCUGUCCCACCGGAGCUGACAAGGUGCCGGACGUCGCAGGAGCUGGAGGUCGCAACCGAAGGUGAUUCUACAACGUCCAGGCACAUCCAGGGCGUUUCUCCUCUGUCUGCUCCAGAUUCCUCCUGAGAAAGCCAGAGGGAUCCUCGCUCGCUCCCGGCCGGGACUGGAAAUUGGAUACUGGUGAGUCACUGGGAGUGACUUUUGGAGAGGAGUCAGGAAGGGGGAAAUAGCUGAGCAGGACAUGGCAAACUUUGUGUGGGCACCAAAACCAGCCAGGAGACAGUGAGCUCAGGCAAUAUGAUUAUAUUUAUUUAUUUAUUUGCCAGCUUUCCCCCAGACUGGGACUGAAGGCAGCUUUCACAAAUUAGAACAACACCGAUAAAAUACAAAAAGCUAAAAACGUGUAACAGGUAAUUGUUAAAAAGGAAUUGAAUUCCAUAACAGAAUUAAAACAAAUCUACAGUGGUACCUCAGGUUACAUACGCUUCAGGUUACAUACGCUUCAGGUUACAGACUCCGCUAACCCAGAAAUAGUGCUUCAGGUUAAGAACUUUGCUUCAGGAUGAGAACAGAAAUUGUGCUCCGGUGGCGCGGCGGCAGCAGGAGGCCCCAUUAGCUAAAGUGCUGCUUCAGGUUAAGAACAGUUUCAGGUUAAGUAUGGACCUCUGGAAUGAAUUAAGUACUUAACCUGAGGUACCACUGUAUUAAAAUGCUGAUAGUGAAAACAGCACCUUAAAAGUAGUAAUUUCCCGAAGGCCUGUUGGAAUGAAAGUCUUCACCUGCCAUUGUAAGGACAGCAAGGAGGGAGCCAGUCUGGCCUCCCUGGGGAAGGAGCUCCAAUGUCUGGGAGCAGCCACUAAGAAGGCUCUGUCCCAUGUUCCCACCGAGCAUUCCUGUGUGGGUGGAGGGACCGAGAGAAGGGCUUUGCUCAAAGAUCUCAGAGCCUGGGCAAGUUCAGAUGGGAGAAUAUGGUCCUUCAGAUAACCUAAGCCGUAUAAGACUGACACCAGGGUUAGUUGGAUGAUUGUUUCCGGAUAACCUUUUGUCUCUAGGCUCACAGCUGUUUGCACAGGGACUCUGUCCCUUGUGCUGAUGCCAGGCUGCCGCCCCCGAUGUGCCCACCCUCUCCGGGGAGAAGAAAUGAAGCAGAGAUGAACGCUGGCAAUGGGGCACGACCCCUCUCUCCCUGGAAGCUGGAUCCGCUGCCGCGUGGGGGGCAAAGGCCCCCCGAACCGUCCCGGCACGCUCUGCCCCUGGUCUUCACGGUCUUCAUCUGGCUGGCCACAGGGACCACCAUGUCCAGCCUCAACAAGUGGAUCUUUGCCGUCCACAACUUCCGCUACCCGGUCUUGCUCUCCUCCCUGCACAUGUUGACGGCCGUGGUGGUGGGCAACCCUUUGGCGAAGCUGCGAGCCGGCAGGGCCGGGCACCCCGCCCCGUGCCCUGGAGCCAAGGGCAGGGUUUUCCUGCUGAGCCUGACUUUCUGUGCCAGUGUGGCCUUUGGGAACCUGGGACUGAACUAUGUCCAGCUGGACUUUGCCCAGAUGGUUUACACCACGACGCCGUUCUUCACCCUGACCCUCUCCAAGGUGCUGCUGGGGAAACACCACCACCCCCUGCAGUACGUGGCCAUGGGGCCCAUCUGCCUGGGGGCUUCCUUGAGCAUUGUCGGGGAGGUGCAUUUUGACCAAGCCGGCUGCUGCUUCCUGUUUGCCGCCACUUUCCUCCGCGGGCUGAAGUCCAUACAGCAAAGUGAGUGUCUUGCGUGGCUGCGUGUGGGCCGCAGUUCCUGUGGGUGGGUGGCCUGUGUGGAACGUUGGCCCUUCUUAAAGGUAAAGGGUAAAGGGACCCCUGACCAGUCGUGGCUGACUCUGGGGUUGCGGUGCUCAUCUCGCUUUAUUGGCUGAGGGAGCCGGCGUACAGCUUCCGGGUCAUGUGGCCAGCAUGACUAAGCCGCUUCUGGUGAACCAGAGCAGCGCACGGAAACGCCGUUUACCUUCCCGCCGGAGUGGUACCUAUUUAUCUACUUGCACUUUGACGUGCUGUCGAACUGCUAGGUUGGCAGGAGCAGGGAACGAGCAACGGGAGCUCACCCUGUGACGGGGAUUCGAACCGCCAACCUUCUGAUCGGCAAGUCCUAGGCUCAGUGGUUUAACCCACAGCGCCACCCGCAUCCCAUGGCCCUUCUUAAGGGUCCUUUUUAAAGUGAGUUUCUAGUCUGGGAGUCAUUUUAGACUCACAGGUGUCCAGGGACGUGUAGGUCAUUUCUGUGUCCAGGGCAGCUGUCUACCAGCUCCAUCUGGUACGCAGGCUAAGACCCUACCUGCCCGCAGACUGUCUCGUCAGAGUGGUGCAUGCUCUAGUUAUUUCCCGCUUGGACUACUGCAAUGCACUCUACGUGGGGCUACCUUUGAAGGUGACCCAGAAACUGCGGCAGCUAGACUGGUGACUGGGAGUGGCCGCCAAGACCAUAUAAUACCGGUCCUGAAAGACCUACAUUGGCUCCCAGUACGUUUCCAAGCACAAUUCAAAGUGUUGCUGCUGACCUUUAAAGCCUUAAAAGGCCUUGGUCCAGUAUACCUGAAGGAGCGUCUCCACCCCCACUGUUCUGCCCGGACACUGAGGUCCAGCGCCGAGGGCCUCCUGACAGUUCCCUCUCUGCGAGAAGUGAGGUUACAGGGAACCAGGCAGAGGGCUUUCUCGGUAGUGGCACCCACCCUGUGGAACACCCUCCCACCACAUGUCAAGGAAAUAAACAACUAUCUUACUUUUAAGAGACAUCUGAAGGCAGCCCUAUUUAGGGAAGUUUUUAAUGUUUGAUGUUUUAUCAUGUUUUUAAUAUUCUGUUGGAGCCACCCAGAGUGGCAGGGGAAACCCAGCCAGAUGGGUGGGGUAUAAAUAAAUUAUUAUUAUAGUCCUUAUGGCUGCAGAGAUGUGCUUGAAAGCAUGUGGGUGAAGAAUAUGAGUGCUCUGUUUUAGUUCUCCCUGGGAAUAAAUAAUGGAGGAAUUAUGCCAAUAGAGCAAAUCUGCAAAACGUCUCUUGUUUUGCAUUAAGCAGAGUCCAGCCCUCCCCAGAAUUCUAAUUGCAUUGAAACCACAGCCAGAUUCGAACCUGGAAUCGCUCGUUUCGUUUGUGUGCUGAAACUUAAAACGCUGAGCAGGGCAGAAGGCAUGUUUUGUUUUUGGGAUGCUAAAUCUUUGCCGGGAGGUUUUCAGAAGGGAAUACUUUAUCCUUUGCUGGGCUGUUGUCUUGGAAAUGGGAUAGCUCAUUCCAGUUUGUGUGUAACUUAAACAUACAGCCUUCUGAACCUUCUAGUGGUAGAGCUAGGUCAGAGUCACGCCAUCUAUUCAAAGCACCACAAAUGCCACUUUAAACGGUCAAAGCUUUCCCCCAAGAAUUCUGGGGGUUGUAGUUUGUUAAGGACUCUGGGAGCUUGUUAGGAGAUACCUAUUCCCCUUCCAGAGCUGGAGCUCCCACAGUUUCCUGGGAAGAGGGAUUGAUUGUUAAAGCACUUUGGGGAAGAGUUUUUCCUAACAACUCUCACCGCCCUUAACAAACUACAAUUCCAUGACUAAAGUGGGAUCAUAGUGCUUUAAAUGGAUGGUGUGAAUGUGACCCUACACCAGUGAAUCUCUAUGCCAGUGAUGGCCAAACCUGGCCCUCCAGCUGUUUUGGGACUACAGUUCCCAUCAUCCUUGACCACUAGUCCUGUUAGCUAGGGAUGAUGGGAGUUGUAGUCCCCAAACAGCUGGAGGGUCAAGUUUGGCCAUCACUGCUUUAUGCAUUUUUCCAGCUGCUGCCUGGCAGGCGUUUGGGACUACAAUUCCCAUUAGUCCCGGCCAGGGCUGAUGGGAGCUGUCGGUCACAACAGCCUUGCUGGCUAAGACUGAUGGGAACUAUAGUCCAAAACACUUGGAGGGCAUCAACUUGGGAAAGGCUACUCCCUAAAACAUCAUCUCUGGGCUGGGCUCUUGUCUCCAGUGCAGGGUUGUGCAAAUUUAACAUGUACUUCCUCAUUCUUGCUUGGUCAUCUAGAUGCUCAGAGAAAUGUAAGUGGCUGUUUACUUUUGGAUAAGAGGCCACUGGGGGCUUUAUGAUGGAUUUAUUUUUAUUUCAAAAACACAUCUUUUUAAAAAACAACAACAACAACACCCACAUAUACAGUUUGGAAAAGGUCAGGACUCAAGGGCCUAGUUCUCAGUGAGGUGGUGAACCUGCGUUAGGGCUGUACUGAUUCAAAUUGCGGGUUUGGGACUCCCAAGAUUGAAUGUUCCUCUGUACAAAAGGAUUCAAUGCACAUAAGGAGUGAGCUUUCUCCUUGACCUGCUGGUUUUCUAUGUGUGGGGAGUUUCCUACCUGUGAGAGAGCAUUUCAAGGCAUGAGGUUUCCUCCCCCAAAAUCUAUUAUUAUUAUUAUUAUUAUUAUUAUUAUUAUUAUUAUUAUUUUAUUACUUAUACUCCUCCCAUCUGGUUGGGUUCCCCUAGCCACUCUGGGCAGCUUACAACAUAUCAAAAAACAGUUGUAUGAAGCUGGGACUGAUGGGUUGCUUGGCCGUCCUGGCUGGGGCUGAUGGGAGUUGUAGUCCAAAGCAACACCAGGGUGCCACGUUGAAGAAGUCCAUGCCAUGUCGAGGAGCGGUCAUGCCUCGGGGAAGUUCUCUCCUGCCUCCUGUGUGCUUUUCUUUCCCUCCUCAGCCCCUCUCUGAAUUUGGUGUUUGUGAAUUUGGUGUCCAGCUCCGAGGGCCUUCUGGCGGAUCCCUCCCUGCCAGAAGUGAGGUUGCAGGGAACCAGGCAGAGGGCCUUCUCGGUAGUGGCACCCGCCCUGUGGAACGCCCUCCCAUCAGAUGUCAAGGAAAUAAACAACUAUCUGACAUUUAGAAGACAUCUGAAAGCAGCCCUGUAUCGGGAAGCUUUACAGUAAAUGUUUGAUAUGAUUUAUUAUUAUUAUUAUUAUUGGUAAAGGGAUCCCUGACCAUUAGGUCCAGUCACAGACAACUCUGGGGUUGCGGUGCUCAUCUCGCUUUAUUGGCCGAGGGAGCCGGUGUACAGCUUCCGGGUCAUGUGGCCAGCAUGACUAAGCCGCUUCUGGCAAACCAGAGCAGCACACAGAACCACCAUUUACCUUCCCGCCAGUGCAGUACCUAUUUAUCUACUUGCACUGGCAUGCUUUCGAACUGCUAGGUUGGCAGGAGCAGGGACCGAGCAACGGGAGCUCACCCCAUCACGGGGAUUCGAACCGCCGACCUUCUGAUCGGCAAGUCCUAGGCUCUGUGGUUUAACCCACAGCACCACCCGCGUCCAUUAUUAUUAUUAUUAUUAUUAUUAUUAUUAUAUUUUAUAUCUCUCACCCCAGGUACCUUCCUGCAGGAGGAGCGGCUGGACUCGCUGACCUUGCUCUGCCUCACUUCCCUGCCCAGCUUCUACAUCCUCUUUGCGGCCGCCCUGGUCCUGGAGGUGGGGCCCGCCUGGGACGGCACCCUGGCCUACGGAGGGGGCCUCUGGGCCUGUGUCCUGCUCAGCUGCCUGGGCUCGGUGCUGUACAACUUGGCCAGCUUCUACGUCAUCUCGCUGACGUCGGCCCUCACCAUCCACGUCCUGGGGAACUUCAACGUGGUGGGCAACCUCCUGCUCUCCCACUUCCUCUUUGGCAGCCGCCUGACGCUGCUCAGCUACGCGGGCAUCGCCCUCACCCUCUCCGGGGUCUUCAUGUACCAUCACUGUGACUGCAUCGCCUCCUGCUGGCGCUCCAGGGGUGGGCGGGGCAAAGAGGAGUAAGCAGAGAGAGGGAGGACGUGAUUGGAGCUGUGACUGCCAAUCGCGGGAGCCAUAGGGCCAAUGGGGUAGGGGCCUGCCCCGCCAACCUCAGCCUGCUCUUGUCCAGCCCCCAUCUGGUCCAGGAGGGUUGGCACUGGCUGCCCGCUUCCUGCUCCCUGGUCUCAGUGUCGCUCAGCCGGGAGCAGGACGGGGACAAAACUAGAAUGAGUUGACUCAGCCUGCUCUCUGGCGCCACCUACUGUUGGGCUCCCUGCUUUCUGCCCUACCGGUGGGCACCGGCCGCCACGAGGAGUUAGGGUGACUCUGAAUACCCGUUGUUGGGAAUUGCAGGUGGGCAGAGUGUCGGUUUGCUCAGGUCCCGCUUGCAAGCUUCCAAUUGGGGCAUCUGGUUGGCCACUGUGAGAACAUGAUGCUGAACUAGAUGGGCUUGAUUCAGCAGAGUUGCUCUUAUGUUCUUACACCACCACUGCAGGCGGUGGCACUGCCGGCCAUCUUCCUCCCCUCGGUGUUGCCCUUGCGGAACUGCAGAAAGGAGGACGGGGACAAAAGCUGCAAUUAGUUGGCUCUGCCUGUCGUUGGCUGUGGCGCCACCUACUGUUGGGCCUCCCUGCUUUCUGUCCUGCCAAUCCCAAUGGGUGCCAGCCACUACUGCCGCUGUGGGAAGGUGUGCCUCUCCUCUCUGAUGGAUCAUAGCAUGCCUCUGGUACGUUGCGGGGGGACAGUGGGUGCUCAUGAUCAGCAGAUGCCAGAAUUGUGGGAAGGCUUAUCCUCCUCCAAAUAACUCAGUCCCACCUGACCCCUGAGCCAUUUUACGCACUGGGCAAGAGCUACAGCAGAUGGUUUUUAGAGGAAGCCAGGAGAUGCCACCUCUGCCCACCGAAGGAUUUGACGGCACGGGGUGCAGGGAUUAGAUGCUGCGUAUCUGAAUUCUCACCUACAUAGAAUCUUUUUAAAAAAAUAUAUUUUAGAAAUCCCUGCCCCUAGAAAGCCAGCAUUUUGGAAGAGAGAGGGUUCUCUUCUCAUUUUCUCCCUGAUGUGCUAGAUUUCUACACGCAGGUAGUCUCCCCAGCUCCUCUGAGGCAGAUAAUUCAAACAUGCAGACUCUGGGGAAGAGAGAAGGGAAGAGCGGACCUGCCUCAGCAGACCUUCCUGGCACCAGCCGCUACUUCUCAUAGGGCUAAAAAUUGGGGGGAAACCAAGUGUUUUCUUCUUUUUAAAAAAUGUUGAGACUUGAAUGUGUGCUGGACUGCACCUCUGAUCUCCGCAAGCCGCUUUGCAGCCAUGCCAAUUCUCGUGCCAGUUCCUCUCCAACCCCUCCUAGGGCACUGUGGGAUUGAUGCCCGCAGAGGGAGGUGGCGCAGAGUUCCUCCUUUCCUUGGGUAGGGCUCCCCACUAGGUACUAAAGUACUGAAUGAGGAGCUCCCAUAUAGGAGGAACAUGGAGAUGAAAAGUGGUGUGUUCAGGACAUGCAUGUGUGUGUGUGUGUGUGUGUCUAUUUCCGUUCUCUACUGCCACCUGGUGGGGUGGCGUAUAGUGCAAUUUUUAUGGAUGGAUGUUUUAUUUCUGUGCUGCCUGCUAGUGAGUUAAGGGUGUGUGUGUUUGAGAGAGAGAGAGAGCGCAUGCACAUUUGCUUAUGAGUAGACACCCAUUAAUAUUUCCUUAUCCUCACUGGGCUACAACAAGGAUGAGGAGAUCUGCAGCCCUCCAGUUUCCGUUGGACUACAGCUCCCAUCAGCCCCAGCCAUCCUUGUCAAUGGUUAGGGAUGAUGGAAAUUGUAGUCCCAGCAUGUAGAGGACUAUAGAGGUCCCCCCAUUCCUGGACUAGGUAACUCCUUAGGGUGCUCAUUUGCUUUCGGUGGAUGAAGAAAAUCUUUACUUGUGGCUUGUGUGAAUAUAUUCGAAGGGCAUUUUCCACCUGCCCACCAGAUUCACUGAAAUCCUCUGAUAAAUGGGCACCCAUUAAGCCCACUGGUAGUGGGUGAAAAUGGUCAGUAUUACGCUCCAUGGGGUAAAAUGCUUUUGGACACGUUUGUUUUUGUUUACUUGUUGUUUCAGGGUGGGGAUGCACCCCGUUUUUGAAGGAGUCAAGAUCAAUCUGUGCAUGCAGAUCAAAUCACAUGGCGCAGAAUUCUCUUGGACCAAUUUCUGCUUGCACGUGGAAGUCUAGCAUGUGAGGGGGUGACAGUUCUAGCCCACCCGAACUCCCUGGGAGGCUAGCUUUCUACACGCAGGGAAGUGUUCACUCUGCAUUCUUUGGUGUCCGUUCCUGCGGUUCGACGUGGAACUCAUGUGUCAUGUGGUUCACCAGCAAGUGUUGGUUGGCUUUCAGCCACUCCUAUAGAAGUGGAUUGUCGUUUCCCCCUUACGACACUGGCUGUCCUGCUUUGUGUUUUACAUUCUCUCCAAGCGGAGGCUAAUGUGCAUAUCCGUAAUGUCUGCAAGAUGCGCCAAUGUCGGCUUGCUGUCAUUUAUAGCAAAGGGGGUUCGAUAAUCUGUGUGUGUGUGUGUUGGUCAGGCUUCUCUGACCUGGCGCUCUCCAGACGUUUUGUUCUUCCAUUUCUACCAGACCCUACCAGCAUAGCUGUUCUGAACUACAACUACAGCCAUUCUGGCUGGGGGCUGCUGGGAGCUGUAGUCAAAACAUUUAAGAGGAUGUUUUGGAGGAAGGCUGGGUUCCAGAUAUCACGGGCAGAGCCAACACAUUUGUGCCUGGUGAAAAGGCUGUGGAUACAGGCAUUUCGCUACUCAAGUGUAAAGGGAAACAUAAAGGCUGAACUGAUCCCCACAUAGCCUGCCAGAAUCAAUUUGGUGCAGCAGAAAGAACUGUUAGCAGAUUAAUAAGAUUGCCACUAGAAGGCUAGCCGUGAGCACUCAGCAGUGCUGGGUGGGUGUGUGGCCAAAUGUUUUUGCCAGUGUGUAAAUUAUUCAACUUUUUUUUUUAUUUACAAUAUGUGUGUGUCUUUUUUGGGAGGGGGGAAGGGUCAAAUUAGGUUCAGCCCUACCACUUUUGUGCCUGAGAUAAAAAUUUGCAAGGCACCACCUUUGUCCACUGACAUGAGGAAAAGUCAAUAUGACGAUUCCUCUGGAUAUGUUCAUAUAGGGCUGAGUAAAAGUGUUUGAAAGUGCUGGUGGAUCAGGUCUGUCUGUCCUACUAGUACCCAAAAUAUAUCGGCUGGAACAGCCACUCCUAGUGUCUGUCCUCUGUCCACUGUCGGAGGCAGUAUGCAGGGGAAGGUAGAAAAAAACCACCACUGUUGAGGAAUUCAGUAUUGAGAGUUCUUGGGCUUCUGGUCUUUUCUGGCCUCCUGUUUAUGGAUUGAUAGAAGGGCAAAGGUCUCCUCACAAUACCAUUUGUUUCAUAAAACCAGAUUUCUAUGGUGUGAGGUCGGCCCUGUGUCAUUGUUAACUGCUGCCUGAGUUGUCCAUAAAGCACAAGGUAUUUUGUGACAACCGGAGUGGUGUAGUUGUGAAAAGUGUCUAAUUGGGACCCCGGGAAAUUUGAGUUCCUGUUCUCACUCAGCCAUGAAGCCCACUGGGUGACUUCAGGCCAGUCACACUUUGGACAUAACUAUCCUGGCUUCAUACCCCAUGGUUUGGGAAACUGGGAAACAGGGAAACUGUAGUUUGGUUCACCAGUAUUAACUUAGGAAGCUGCCUCACACAGAAUCAGAGACUGCCGGUCCACCUAGCUCAGAAUUGCCUACGCGGGCUAUCGGCGACUCUCCAGAGUUUCAGAUCUGAGACAUCACCACCAGCCCUACCUGGAAAUGCCAGGGAUUGAACCCAUGGCCUUCUGCUUGCAAGGCAGAUGUUCUGCCACUGAGCUACGGCCCUUUCCUUGAAGCCACCAGGGGAGAGGAAGGAGUUUGUAGGCUCGGUUUCACAAACCAUGGUUUCCAAAGCCAGGAUCGUUACAUCCUGACUGACCGUGUCUGUCAGCUUAGCCUACCUCACAGGGUUUUGUGGUGAGCAUAUAAAGGGUAGGCAGAGGACCUCAUAUGCCAAGCUGAGGUCCUCAGAGGGAGAGUGUUAACAAAAUCACCACCGUAGUGGAGGCAUUGCCAUUGUAUCUGUCCGGUUUCCUGUCUGGUGAUGCCGUCGCCGCUCUCGUCCCCGACCCUUCCUUCAGCAGUGAGCGAUCCUUGCCGUAUCACACCCGGCCUGAACCGUCCCAGCUAGGGACACGUGUCAAGUUCUCCUUUCGUGAAGCGUCCGGGUCAUGCCAUCCGAUCAACGAGAUAACGGGCGACUGAGGGAACCUCUGGCGCAACCAGAGCACAAAGAAGGCCAAGCCGGCCUCUCCGGUUUCAUUUGCCCUUCAAAUAAAGCUCUAUUUUUGUCUUACUUGA